GGUCAGAUUCCCUUAACAAAAAUGGCCGCAGGGACGAUUCGUAGUGGGGCGAGGCGGUAGAACUACAAUUCCCACGGCUUAGUGCGUGCUGCCCGGGUGCAGAGCCGCCCGGCUGGCGUUGAUGGAAGCGUGGCGCUGUGUGAGGAGGGGCUGUAGCCGGUGCGGCUGCGGGGGAAGAGGCCGACACCCCAUGCUGCCCCGUCACAUGCAGAGGCUGGGCAGAGAUCGGGUUGCCCAGUGGGAUAGACCUCAAAGAUUCUGCUGGAACAGUUGUAUCUCCAAUUCUGUAAGGUGGCCUGAUCGCUAUUCUUGGGCUCCGUAUGUCAGCACUGCGGAUUUUACAGUGAAUUGGAGACUGCCUCACUUUUUUGGGCCUUGGAGACUGCCUCACUUUUUUGGGCCUUGGAGACCGCCUCAGUACUGGAACUGGCAACGUGAUAACUUCACACACAACUCUUCUUUUCAUCUCUCUAAUCCUAAUAUGAAAUCCGAGGGAGAUGAACCUUCUUCUAAAAGGAGAAGACACAGUGGUCAGAAUGAUGUUUGCAGUCCUAAAGAAGAAAUUAGCAGCUCUAAUCAGAAUGAAGCAGCCUGUCUUUCUACUCCACCAAAAACUGAAAAAGAAAAUACUGCAAACACAAGAGGCCUGAUCAAAAGACAUUGGGAGUAUUUCUGUCACCAUAGUAAAACAAUGAAGAUUCUUGAAGAUAAGCAAAUUGACCAAAACAAUACAGAAGACAAGGGAAAGUUUGAUUUUACUGUGAUGUCCUACAAUAUCCUUUCACAGAAUUUGUUAGAAGAUAACUCCCACCUGUAUAAACACUGCAGACGGCCAGUGUUAAUGUGGGGUUAUAGAUUUCCCAACAUUCUACGGGAAAUCAAACAACUGGAUGCAGAUGUACUGUGUUUGCAAGAAGUACAAGAGGACCAUUUUGGAAUGGAGAUCAAGCCGAGUUUGGAAUAUUUGGGUUAUCAUUGUGAAUAUAAAAUGAGGACAGGAAGGAAACCUGAUGGCUGUGCUAUUUGUUUCAAAAUUUCCAAAUUUAAUCUUAUCUCUUCAAACCCAGUGGAAUUUUUCCGCCGUGAUAUUCCACUCUUGGACAGAGACAAUGUUGGACUAGUGUUGCUUCUGCAGCCCAGAUUUCACUGUAAAGCUACUGCUGCAGUCUGUAUAGCCAACACUCAUCUGCUGUAUAAUCCAAGGCGAGGGGACAUUAAACUGACCCAACUGGCGAUGUUACUGGCAGAGAUUGCCAGCGUUGCCCAUCAGAAAGAUGGUAGAUUCUGUCCUAUUAUCAUUUGUGGUGACUUCAACUCUGUUCCUGGUUCUCCACUGUACAGUUUUAUAAAGGAAGGAAAGCUGAAUUAUGAAGGACUACCUAUAGGAAAGGUAGGUGUUUGUUUCAUCUCAUGUAAGAAUUAAUGCUGGUGGAAAAGGAAUAUUUUAUGGAGUGACAAUGGCCACCUAUCAUGGUGUGCACCACUCAUCACUUAUCUGGUGCCUCCUCCUGAUCAGUUGUGGGAUUAGCUCUCAAAAUCGUCAUCCCUUCUUGUGGUCACAUGCCAUCACAUUCUCUCUCUCAGGUAUGCAGCUCCUCUCAUCGCUGGAACUGCAGUGUCUUCAUGACGCAACCCUCCGGCUAGGUCACUCAGCAUUCCCCCGUUCAGGAUACAGUCCUUCAAUUCUCUGUCACCCCCAUAGUCUCUGCCAUGCCCUCAGUGACUGGUAGGGGAACCCAAGCUCAUUCACUACUACAAGUUCCAGUCCAGGGACUCUACACACAGCAGUUCUGGGGUUUCCUCUCAUUGCUCCUUCUCUGACUGCUUCCUACAGUUCCUGGUUCCCCUUCUUGUCCUGGGAAUAACAGCACCAAACCCUCUUCCCUUUUCCCAGCAGCAGCCCCUGUCUGUUGCAAGCUUCCUGGCUUUGAACCUGCUUGCAAGCCUGUAGAGUUAAUAGUCCUACCUGACCACCUUAACCCUUUCUAGUUCUGUGUGGAGUUGAGUUUCCAUUAGAAGCCCGAUUUUUGACCUCCACUCUAAAAUCUACAAACAAAGGAAAGUCUGCCACACAAUUGCUGUGCUAAGUCUGAGGCUGACUCAGUGUUUUGUUUCAGAAAUGCAACUUUAACUCCUAAUUUCCUGACUCUAACGUUUUAAAACAUAUAAACAAUUGUUCUUGAAAGUGGUAUAUGUUCAGUUACAGAUAUGUAUCUGGACCUUACCUCUGGCUUAAUUUAGGUCUUGUCUUCAUGUGCACCACAGCUGUAGUGUUUUAGUGAAGACUCUCCUAUGCCAACAGAAGAGCUUCUCCCAUUGGCAUA